AUGAAGCAAACACAGACACCUAAUAAACAUGAACAAGUUAAAUUAAUGAAAGCUGGUCUUGGACGAAAAAAGGUAGUUUGUCCUAACAAGAAUGCAAGCCAUACAGAAUUUUGCCAGUUUCUAGAGGACAAAUUUCCCAAAUUAAAAGCUGGUGGAGGGUUUGAAUUGUUGCGCUGUGGUGGUGUAGGUCUAAGACCGCUUGUUGUUGUGCCACCUGGUCCGUCUGGAUAUUGUGUGCCAUAUCUGAAGGAAAACUUUUCCCAAGCUGUUGUUUAUGUGCGACCAUUGCAAGUUAACUUGGAUAUUAACGAGGAACCAUUCAUG